CAGUAACCGGUCAACAGAAUUCUCUCAUCUGCCUAAGAUUUUGAGGAUCUCUUGUGGCUGAAGGAUGAAGUCAUCUCACAUGGCUUGACGACUAGUCUGAUAGUCUGAUAGUCAUCCCGCUGCUGCCCGAAACGACGCGCCCCGUCUUACCUUGUGCGACAUGAGCAUGACUAAGCCAUCAGGCACAUGAUACGGCGAGAUGGAUGCAGCUAAGUGUAGAUGCUUCCUCGUUCUGCCUCGUAUCUUCCUACCACAGUAGGCCAUCAUUCUUGUCCUCGUUUUCUGAUCGAUCACAUUCUGCAAAGAGUCCAACAUGGCAGAUUACUACAACCCCAGCGGAUAUCCUCCUCCUCCUCGGACAGGUAGUGGUCAGAACUCGUAUCCGCCGCCGCCGAGACCACAGCAAUACGAGGGCAGUCAUGGCUACAGCUCUCCAGCACCGCAGGUACGAAUCUUUUUGCCGGGUACUCUCUUUUCUUCCUUGUGGGUUGCGACUGAUACGCCCUGUAGAGUUCAUAUGGCUAUCGCCCACCGCGAGAAGACCAGUACAACUACUCCCCGCGUUCAUCCGGAAUGCAGGUAGGCCAAUAUGCUGGCACCGAAUACGAGCACGGUCGGCAGCGUCGCAAUUCCGGCCCGUAUGCUGCCAGCCAGUAUCGUGGAACUGAAGCAUCUUACUAUGCGCCUCCUUCAGAAUAUGACGAUCGCCCGGGUUCGAGAGGUUCGCGGGGUUCGCGAAGAGAAAGAGAGGGAUCCAGAGGAAGAGGCGAGAAACACGGAAAUCACGAUGGCGCGAAGGAAUUAGGUGCAACACUUGCCGGUGGCGCCAUUGGUGGCUGGGCUGGCCACGAGCUUGGUCAUAGCAAUCCUCUUGUGACGGUCGCCACGGCUAUUGCCGGUGCUUAUGCCGGACAUAAAUUGGAGGACAAACAUGAGAAGGAUAAGGCAAAGAAGCGGGAACGACGAGCAAGCCAGGGCGGAGGAUAUGAUGACUAUCGUGAAGGCCGACGCAGUCGCAGCCGCAGUCGCAGCCGCAGCAUAACCCAAAGACUUAGGAGAUCCCUCAGCAGGAAGAGAAGCAGCAGCGAGAGCAGCAGCGAUAGCGAUAGUAGCAGGCGCCGACGACACCACCGCCAUUGAGCGGGCUCUCCCACUGGCGGUUGUUUCGAACGACAUUGAUGACCCGUUUUUCCCUUUCCGGCUCCCAUUCUGUUUCAUAAAUUAUUGUUUUUGCAAUAUAUAUUUCAAUCUCAGCUGGUGCUUGCAUGCUCUUGUAUCAUUAUAUUCUCGGAGAGAUCUUUCUCCAUUCGUGGGCCUCAAGACGACGUUAGAGGUGUGGGCAUGCCAGGUCUGGAGGUCCUCAGUUCUGGUUGUGACGAGCUGUGCCGAAAUGUCAGCGCACAAUGGGAUAACGUCGACGAUUAAGCAUCUCCAGCAGAAUCUCCGCUUUGCUCAGAACUUUGUUGUUAUGCAAGGCUCUCGCUCAGGCAAACGGGAUGCUGUAGAUGUUAUGGCACGAGCUUCGUCCAAAGAAUGAGUGAAGCCUAGAUCUCUGAGGGACAACUGCGGAGCUAUUAAAGGCCGAAACGGGCUUCGGCGCUUGUUCUCGAAUUCUUCGGCCAAAUGUCACAAACCCAGGGAUAGAUGGACGACCACUCAGAAGGUGCGUGGUCAGCACAAGCCCACCAGAUCGACCAUUAUCGGUUGGUUGUCCAGGACGAGCAGGACCACACCGCCUCAUCCGGCACGGCCGUCCGAACACUAAGGUUGAUCCGUGCCCUGCGAGUGCCCUGCAGCCAAAAAGUCAUCCUUAUCAUGGCGAUAUCGAUAGUAGUGGCGGAAUCUUUUUUUUUCUGAGCUGCUGUCUAGGCGACAAAAACAUACCUGCCCCUCCUUUCCCACAUUCCCCAUGGAUAUGUGUAUGGUGAAGCAAAAGCCUCUUUCCCUGCCACUGUUGAAGACGCUUGAGGAGGGCCGAUGCUGGCAGACUGGAUCAAUUGAAAACGAAGGAGGAAAGGAGGCGAAGUACAUAAUGGCUGAUAACGGUGCAUGUCGAUUUAGAUCUGACGUGGUAGGCAUGCCGAAGUAGCCUGUAGCAUCAACGGUUCUCCCGCCCAUCCCGCAUAUUGAGUGUUACAGAAUGACCGGGGGGUCGGGUAAUCGCCCAGGUCUUGGUUGACCCAAGGCUGGUGACGGUGACAUGGAUGGAUCCUACGGAACCAUCAAGAGGGAGAUAGAAGGAAGAUGAUGAUCGAUUAUUGAAAACUCACACGCUGAAUCUCCAGGCUCUUCCAGACAACAGCACAAGAAAAGAUCGGCAGCCCAAUUCCGGUGACAUUUUGAUUGGUAAAGGGCGAGAACCAGAGCGUUGCAGCCAUAGAGAUGAUGGGGAUUUGACAAGAAAGGUCUGGUUGACUGGGUUGAAACCGUUCCUUGGGCGUGCCUGGGUUGGGUUCGGCGGCGAGAGCGAGGAUGGUCCAGCGGUCAGCCUGAGAGUCGAAACGAUGAGACGCUAAGGGAAAAAUUUUUGGGGCCUUUCAAAUUUAAUAAAAUUCGCCUUCGCCCUUUGCA